CGGCCGCGUGGCGCGUGAGGAACCUCUGGGCUUCGAGUCCCGCGCGCCUCUCGGACUGGUGACGAACUGAUGACGAGCUGGUGCUGAUCGCCGUGGAGCUCGCGCGCGCUCACCUUAUUCUUGUUAUUAUUAUUCUUAUUAUUAGUAUUAUUAUUAUUAUUAUUAUUAUUGCGGAGGUGUGUUUGUGCGCCGAAAGUGAGCCGAGCGCGCGCGCGCCGAGGAGCCGCACCGGGGAUCGGAACCCGAGCGCCAACCCCGGCCCCGCCGAGGCGAGGGAGGAUCGGGAGCGAGGAGCGGGAGCCCCACCGAGGCAUGGAUCGCUCGUGGACUAAUGACACUGCGCGCCGCGGAGGGUUUUAGGGUCUGAUCCAACAAAUCCACGGGACCGCUGACUUCUUCUCGCGCACCAACUUUCUCGUCGCUCCUCCUUCGGGGUCUCCGAGCGGCUCCGCCGAGGCGCGUGGCAGGCAGCGCGCGCGCGCGAGCCGAGCACCAGUACCAGCACCACCAUGUUCCAGCACAACAAGAAGUGCUUCACCAUCGAGUCCCUGGUCGGCAAGGAGUCGAGUCCCCCCGGCGCCGGGGACGAGCCCGUGCGACCGACGGCGCUCAGGUUCACGGAGUCCGUUCCUCCCGCUGCUCAUCCUCCUCCUCCUCCUCCUCCUCCUCCUCCUCCCGCUCAUCCUCCUCAUCCUCCUCCUCCUCCCUUCGCCAGCUGCUUCCAGAACUCGGGCAGGAGCCUCUACUCGAGCCCAGAGGUCCUGUUCUCGGACCCGGGCUCGCACGCGCACUCGCACGCGCACUCGGCCACCUCCACCCUGUCGCUGCACCCCCUGCAGCUGCCCUCGCAGCCCUUCUUCAGCCCCCACCACAGGGAGACGCUCAACUUCUACCCGUGGGUCCUGCGGAGCCGCUUCCUGGGACACCGCUUCCAAGGUGAGGACAGCAGCCCGGAGAGCCUGCUCCUGCACGGGCCCUUCUCCCGCAAGCCCAAGCGCAUCCGCACGGCCUUCUCGCCCUCGCAGCUGCUGCGGCUGGAGCGCGCCUUCGAGAAGAACCACUACGUGGUCGGUGCCGAGCGGAAGCAGCUCGCCAACGGCCUCUGCCUCACCGAGACGCAGGUCAAGGUCUGGUUCCAGAACCGGAGGACGAAGCACAAGCGGCAGAAGCUGGAGGAGGAGUCGCCCGAGUCGCAGCAGAAGCGCAAGGGCAGUCAGCAUGUGAACCGGUGGAGGGUGGCCACGCAGCAGAGCAGCCCCGAGCACAUCGACGUCACGUCGGAGGACUGA